UGACGCAGUUUUGCUGCAGUACCACGUGAGAGCACGCGUCGUGUGUUGCUAGUGAUGCGCACUUCAACUUUGACUUCAACUUAUUCUCAUCAAGGCCAUCUAUAGAAUUCUCAUUCUGAGCGGACUCGCACAGAAAACGAGGGAUCUUGAUUUGGAGAUUGAGAUGGAUCAGCAUGAUCCACCAGUGUCUGAACUACUGCCGCUCAUGCGGGCUGCAUCAAUGUCACCAAAAGGACCAAAGUGGUCUCUGGAGGGCUCCGCUGACAGCGACGGGGAAUGGGGUCCGUCACGGAGUGUGAGGAAGUCUCAGAGGCCGAGGAACUGCACUCCCAUAGACAGUGGCUCUGAGAGCGACUUUCGGCCAGUUGUGAAAGAGGAGAUAAAGAUUGAAGUCACUUCACCAAGGGUUGAGCGGCCGUCGUCUCCCUCGGUGUCGGACGACGAUCCUUUGUCGGACCACGCUCUGCAUUCUUUAGUGAAGGAGGAAAAGUACCGACCUCGAUCACCGUCACCGUCUGAGGACUUCAUCGGGUUUACUGAGGUGGACCGGGACAGUGCCUGUUUCAUCUCCAAUGCAAAAAGGAGUCUGUUACUUGGUUGUUCGUCUGCCAUUCGAGACUCUACUGAAGUUUUUGCUGAAGGAGUGUUCAUCAAGAGUCAACGUCUCGUCAUAAACUACCGAGAUGUGGACGGUCUCGAUGAUAGUAACAUAUUUUGUGACGUGUGCUGCCGCGAUUGGGACGGUGAAUGUCCCGUCCAUGGACCGCUCAAGAUCAUACACGAUACCAAGGCACGACCCGGUAUCGGAGAUGUCGACAGGGACGUCAAGACUCUCCCGCCUUCUCUCAGCUCUGGUCCGUCGACAAAUCCAGCGUCUGGCACCGGAGUUUUGGCGGAGAAGGACAUACCUGCGCGCCAAAGACUCGGUCCUUACGAGGGCACCUUGACCACCGAGCAGGGUCAGGCCCGAAGUCGAACAACCGGGUACAGAUGGCAGAUCAAGAAGGAUAAGCGCGUGCAUCACUCGGUGAAUGCCGAAGACCCGAGCUGCAGCAACUGGCUCAGAAGGGUCAACUGUGCCCGCUCGGAGGAAGAACAAAACAUAGUGGCCUUCCAGUACCGGGGCCAGGUAUACUUCAGGACGUCAAAGCCCGUUCCGCGGGGCUCUGAGCUGCUGGUGUACUACGCAGACGACUCGGCCCGGGAACUGACCGUCCACUCGGAGACGUCUGAGAAGUCUGUGACUUCCUCUCCGGCCGGACCUUCAUCUUCAGGUGUUGGUCGCACACUUCAGUGUCCCUACUGCGACGUCAGAUGUCUGGGACAACAACAUCUGGACGGACACGUGAAGAUAAGACACGGUCACAUCGGCAGGAACGGGAGAUUCAAGUGCGAGCGGUGUCAAUACUCAACUGACAAGUCCGCCCGUAUGAAACACCACCGCAUGACUCACACGGGAGAGCGACCCCACUGCUGCUCUAUCUGUACGGCACGGUUCGUUCAACGGGCACACCUAAACACACACAUGCGGACCCACACGGGGGAGCGGCCGUUCGGCUGCUCCAUUUGCCCGGCACGGUUCGCUGACCUUUCAUCGCGUAUCGGACACAUGCGUACCCACAGUGGGGAGAGGCCAUACGGCUGCUCCAUCUGCCCGGCACGGUUCACUGUUCGAUCAAGCCUCAACAUACACAUGCGGACCCACACUGGGGAGCGGCCGCACGGUUGCUCUAUCUGCAAGGCACGGUUCUUUGAACGGUCACAUCUUACUGCACACAUGCGGACCCACACUGGGGAGCGGCCGUUCGGCUGCUCCAUCUGCACGGCACGGUUCACUGAACGGUCUACCCUAACAAAACACAUGCGCACCCACACAGGGGAGCGGCCGUACGGCUGCUCCAUCUGCCCGGCACGGUUCACUCAGCGGGUUAAGGCCACCGCACACUAUCCAUUCGAGCGCAAGUAA